UCAAUGUGAAUAACUCUAAGAGGAAAAACAUUACCUCAGCUUCAAAGAGUGGAGUUUUCCUAAAUACAGCGAUUCCUGGAUCUUCACAAUGAGACUCUUUCACCUUCUUUGGCUUUUUAUCCUGUUACUGAACAGUGAGUCAUCUUUACAGCAGAAUGAGGUCGUAUGCAGCAAUCAAAGACCGCAAAAUGUGUAUUCCUUGGAAUACAAUUGGUGGCAACAAAAAAAAAUGGGUGAGACUACAAGAUAUUGGUGUAAGAUAGGCUACAUGAGCACAGAUGGUGCUACCCGGGCCACAUGCACCAGAGAGGGAUGGACACCAAAUCCACUCUGUCGAGAGAUUGUAGGCUGUGGGAGUCCACCACCACUCACAGAUGGAGACAUCAAGUACACCGUGAAAACUAAUUACAGCCAUCAAGAAAGGGUUGAAUUCAUGUGUCAAAAUUACUACACCAUGGAGGGUGGGCCUAACACAACCUGCAUCAAUGGUGAAUGGAUUGGACAGAUGAAAUGCCUCAAACCUUGUAUUGUGGAUAGAGAGCUCAUGAACAGAUAUAAUAUUGCCUUCAGAUAUACUAAUUCUGAUGAGCUGUAUUUUGCCCAUAAUGAUUUUAUUGAGUUCACUUGUACUAAAGGAAGACACACCGGCACAUUGUCCAUGCGUCAGAAAUGUAUUGAUGGUGUGUUGAACCUGCCCACUUGUCAAUAAAGGUUUUAGUUAACUGGAUGUGAUAAAC